UUAACUUUCUGUACUUCUUAUCAAACCAAAAAUAAAACCCACUGCACAUCCAUUUAUUUUCCCUCACUUUCUCUCUCCUCUUUCACUCUUUCUCUCUCUAAAAUGGCAAAGAAGGUGACAAACUUCUCUGAUCUGAUCCAAAGAGUAACAGCUUCUUGCUUACUCCAUCCUUUAGGGAGUAACAGAUUUCAUAACCAAGUUCAAAUGACCCCGGAUCGAAUCCUACAUCCAACAAAUAACCAGUUAAAAUCAAAACUAUCAAACCCAGAAAAUGAUGAAGAUUAUGAUUCAAGUUCUUCUACUGAUGAAGAAGAAGAAGAAGGAAGUGGAGAAAUCUUCGAAGAUGCAAGAGAAACAGAGGGUGAAGAAAUAGUAACAAUGCAGAAUAAUGAUAGUAGCUAUAACAAUAAUAAUAGUAGUAGUGGUGGUAAAAGAUAUUGGGUAAAAGAGGAGAGAGAAAAUGAGGUGUGUAUGAUAAUGGGGCAAAUAUUUGACUCAAUUUCAGCAAUGAAGAAGGCAUAUUUGAAAUUACAAGGGGCCCACAAUCCGUGGGACCCAGAAAAGAUGAAGGAAGCUGACGUGGAGGUGGUGGCGGAGCUCCGGCGAUUGGGGGUGUUGAGAGAGAGGUUUAGGAGAGGAGGAGAGAGAAAGAAUGCCGUGCCGAGGGCGGCGGAUACGGUGAUUGAGGUGGUAGCACCGUAUGAGGCGGCGAUGGCGGAGUUGAAGAAAGAGGUGAAAGAUAAGGAGGUAGAGUUGGAGGAUUUGAGACAAAAGGUGAGUAUAUUGAGUGUGAAUGGUGGGAGUGGUAAUAAUGGGAAGAAAAAUGGGAGGGCUUUGUCUCGGAAGAAAGGUGGUGGUAAUUUUAUUCAACAUCAAGUCCCAGCUUCUCCUACACCAGACAUGUUUGAAGCAACAAUGAAGCAAGUGAGGGAAACCUCGAAAUCUUUUACGUCUUGCCUUGUAUCACUCAUGCGCUCUGCUCACUGGGACCUCCACGCUGCCAUCCGGUCUAUUGAAGCUGCUAUCUCCACCAAUGGAUCAACCAUGACAAGCACCAACCCUCAUCAACACCAAACCAAACAUGCCCUUGAAUCAUAUGUCCUCCGCAAGAUCUUCCAAGGCUUUGAUCAUGAAACAUUCUACAUGGAUGGCACCCUUUCCUCUCUCCUCAACCCCUUACAGUUCCGAAAUGAAUGCUUCUCCAAAUUCCGGGACAUGAAAUCCAUGGACCCUUCUGAGUUGCUUGGCCUUUUACCUAGCUCUCCAUUUGGGGUUUUUUGUAGUAAGAAGUACCAAGAAAUAGUUCAUCCCAAAAUGGAAGAGUCACUUUUUGGUAAUCUGGACCAAAGAAAUCAGCUUCUGAAUGGGACACAUCCGAGGACCGAGUUUUACAUCGAGUUCCUUGGGUUGGCCAAGGCAGUUUGGUUGCUCCAUUUGCUUGCAUUCUCACUCGACCCACCUCCAAGCCACUUCGAGGCAAGUCGUGGGGCUGAGUUUCACCCAGUUUAUAUGGAGAGUGUUGUAAGGUAUCCUGGUGGCAAAGUCCCCUCAGGUCAGGUUGUCGGAUUCCCUGUAAGUCCUGGAUUUAAGUUAGGAAACGGGUCUGUGGUUAAGGCUCGAGUUUAUCUUGUGCCAAGGUAGUAAAAUGGUUGAUGAGUUUUGUGUGCUCUACCUGUAGUUUAGUCUGUACAAUGUGGUAGGUCUGAAAUGAAUGGACUUUGAUUUUCUUUCCA